AGUUUACUAUCGGCUCAAGUUGCUGAAGUGCAAUUCAACUGCCGAUCCGAAGUUGGACGUGAGUAAACUUCAAAAUGUGUCUCUUGUAAACGUGAAAAGAUACUUUACAUGAUGGAUUAACGUAACUCCAAUCGCCAUGUCCGGCCUUAAAAAGUUUUUCAAGAAGAAGAGCCCAAGUGCAAAGAACACUCUGUCCACCGAAGACCUUAGCGAUGCCGCAAGCAUCGCAUCUGGUUACUCCAUCUCCAAGGACAAGGAUUUACCGAAGCUUCAUAAAGCCGUUUUGAGCGGGGAUCUAUCAAAAUUGAAGCAACUAGUCAAGAAGGGAGACAUCAACCAGCUCGACAGGGAAAACAGAACGGCUCUUCACCUUGCCUGUGCUCAAGGUAAGGAGGACAUUGUAAAAUUCCUCCUGGCAAACAAUGCUAAGACUAAUCUCUGUGACAACUAUGGUCGAACACCACUCAUGAAGGUAAGUGUUAACCAUAUAGAGUAAUACAAAAAUAAUGUUUAGUGAAAAAGCCAAUGCAGCUACCAUUCAUGUUCUGGAAAUUACAUUUUGUAUCUGAUUCAAUCAGACCUGAAUCAUGCAA